GGCAGUGCGAAAGCUGCGACGCGGGGUUUCACUUAGAGAGGAGGAACGUUGACAGUUCUUCUCCUGUUACCGGAACUGCAAGUGGAACAGCACUGCUACUACAAGAAGGAUCUUCGGCACAAGACGGCAUUUCAUCAGCGACAAAUGCAGAGUCCAUCUGCACUCCGAACAUCUGCACCUGCGAGCAGGGCGACAAGGCCGCGGUGGGAAAACAGUGUCUCGCGCACAACGAGCAUCGGUGCGACAAGACCGUGACCUGCAAUGCCGGCCACUACUUCGACGCCCGCACGGAGACCUGCGCCCCGGCGACGUGUGCCUGCCCGGGCGGCGAACCUGCGGAUAGUAAGGAGUGUGUGGAGAUUUGGGCCCAGAGCUUCGCGAUCGGCGGUGGUAAUUUUUCCGGAGGAGAUCGUAGUA